GGGUUUAAUAUCGUCAGAUAUUAUGUGUCGUCCAGUUUGUGAACGCUACCUACAAAUUCGACCUAUUUAGUUGUAGUGGAUGGUUACAUUUCAGCCAACGUUCGAACUUAAACUGCUGAAAACUUACUUGUUCGAGAGCGAUCAAUUCUCCAAAUAACGUUCUUAUUUUGUUUUAACCCGACUAUUCCACCUGACGUUUUGUAAGAAAAGCCAGACUACUCGCCAGCCGAUACAGUUUCUCGUACUUGUAGGCAACAUUGCCAAGACUUUCCGUGCAUUCUUGGGACCGGUUAUUGGUUAAGCAGUAGCGGGAUUUAACCGGAGAACUUAUUGAAAGCUGUCAGUACACCAUGGCCGAGCUUCAGCACAACGUGAGAAUGCCGCCUCCAAAGUCUCUCUUGAUGUAUCUUGUCAGGAUGGGCAGUUUUACUUCUGGCCAAAAGUUCCUAAACGAAGAUACAGAAGACAAUAACCUGGAUAUUCCAGAACAUGCGAGUCGGGAACAACUCUUGAACAGGUGCAAUGAAGAGCUGGCUCACCUCCCUCCGUUAAUCAAACGUUCCUUUCAUACAUUACAUGGUCCUCCAGAUUCCUCUCAGGAGGUAGGAACAGAAGAUAUCCCAUCUUGUGGACCAGAAGCUAUCCGUGUAAUGCAGUGGAACAUACUCUCUCAAUCUCUCGGACAGAAACAUGACAAUUUUGUUGCUUGUCCAGAGGAAGCCCUGGAUUGGAGGACACGACGCUGGAAAAUGCUGGAAGAGAUCCUUAUUUACAAGGCGGAUAUCUUGUGCUUUCAGGAAGUGGAUCAUUUCAAUUUUCUCAAAAAAACAUUGGGAGCUUUAGAUUUCUCCGGCACAUUUUUCCCCAAACCAGAUUCCCCUUGCUACUAUAUCAAAGGAAACAAUGGCCCCGACGGUUGUGCCAUUUUCUACAAUACCAACAAAUUUGAACUAAUCAGAACUGAGACCCGGGUAUUGGAGGUUUGUACCUGUCAGUCCAAUCAAGUGGUCAUUCUCUGCAUCUUUCGUCGGAAAUUGGAUGGCCGCGAGUUUUGCGUGGCGACUACACAUCUUAAAGCCCGCCAGGGGACACUACUUGCCACCUUAAGGAACGAGCAGGGAAAAGAUCUUUUGGAAUUUAUCCAAGAGCACUAUGACGGCAGACCAGUAGUAAUUGCUGGUGACUUUAAUGCCGAACCCACAGAGCCAGUAUAUAGAACCAUGACCACGUGCCUCGAACCAAGACUGGAUAGUGCCUAUGCGUACUAUAGUAAUCGCUAUGGAGAACCACCCUAUACCACGUGGAAGAUCCGGGAAGAAGGUGAGUUCUGCCAAACGUUGGAUUACAUCUUCUUUCGUAAGGACUCUCUGGAAUUGGAGUCUUUACUGAAUCUCCCUCGAGAAGAAGAUAUCGGCGAAGAUCGGGCUCCUUCCUUUCGGUAUCCUUCCGACCACUUCUCUCUAGUCUGCGACUUUUGCUUCAAGUGAUAACCAAUACGCAUUCUAAUAUGACUAGCGGCCCUAAAAGUCACUUUACACCAGGAUAGGUACAGUAGAAUUCGCAUUGAACUUGGGGGAAAAUAAGCGAUCUUUCUAAUGGAAUUCUAGUUGAUACAACUGUUAGCUCUCUGGGUGUGUCUGUCUGUAUGGCCACGGAGCAUCGAACGGAUGUAUAUUAAGAGUAAACGGAUAGUUUUGUUGGUUGCUAAGGGAAACCAGAUUUGAAGAACUAUUUUAACGAUAUUAGUUUUACGGAAAUGCCGUCGACAUUAUUAUAUUUUUUUUUGUCUGUUUUAUUAUUUCACAACAUGUUGGAAGAAGUGAAAUUAAGUGGUUGAAUUUAAGUUCAUAAAUAGUCUUUAUACGUGAGUGUAUAUAUAUUCAUUUUUGCGCUGAAUA